CGUGUCGGACCAAAAAUUCAAUCUCGUCUCUUCACCACUAGCCUUUACGCACAGACCUUUCCACGCUCGCAAUAGCGUCCGGAGCUCGAAUGACGGGAUGAAGAUGUUGAGGUGACUCUCCCGCGUCGAUGCAGUGGAACAUAGAGUGGGAAGUCAGUGGGCGAAUGAUGCGGGAAGGGUGAGGGGCCACCGCUGUAGCGCUCUGCGAGAUGAGGAGCAAAGGUACAAAAGGGCGAGUGUCAUGGCCGAGGAGUGCACCAAUCAACAACAUCAGCACCCCUCAAGACAAUCCUCUACCGUCAAAAUGCUACCCCGUAUCUCACUUCCCUUCCUUGCUCUCGCGCUCGCCCUGACGAGCAGCAUUGCCUCCGCCAGCCCCAUCGAGCUCGGCCCCGACUCGCUGGAGGCUCGCGCCCAUCCGUCCAAGCAUCCAUCCAAGCACCCUUCAAAGCACCCUGCCAAGCACCCUGCUAAGCACCCAUCCAAGCACCCUCAACCUCACCCUCACCCUCACCCUCACCCUCAUCCACACCCGGAGCCUCACCCGGCCAAAUCCGCCGAUGGUGCAGUUUGCAAGGCCUCCUCCGCUUGCAAGAGCGGUGUCUGUGUCACGGGCAAAUGCGCCCCUGCCGUCGAGUCAGGCAAUGACGCCGACUUCUCCUCGGGCACACUCGGACCUUGGACAUCUACGGGGGCCGUCACUGUGGUUGCGGACGCCGACUCUCCUGGCGGAUAUGUGGCGCGCUUCACCGGGGAAGGGGAGAUCUCGCGUACUGGGUUGACGGGGGGCACGAUCAUUGACAAGCGCACCGACUCGUCCAAGACACGUCGUCAGACCCCUGGCCAAGAAAACUGGCUCUGGGAGUCCGACUUCCAGUUCCGUCUGCGCUCCCUCACCGAGAACCCUACGACCGGGCAGGGCUGCUACUUCAAAGGCAAACUCAACAAUGAGACCCCUGGCAGGCAGUCUCUUGGCGAACAAGACGUGAAGCCCAACGAGUGGCAGAGCGACUUCCUCGUCGUGACGUUCGAACCCACAGCCCCAAUUACUAGCUUGAGCGUGGGCACCGGCUGCUACCCCGGGGCAAAGAUGGAGGUCGACAUCAGGAGGAUCACGAGGAAGAGCCAGUACAUCUCGACAUACGGCGAGUCCGAUGACGAUGAUUGAUGUAGGACGACGAUGCAUAGCGCGUUGGGCGGUGUGUAUCUCAUGCUUGUUAAUGUCACUAACGUCACCGGA